CUCUCGUUGUACGCUUCCUGACCAAACGGUUCAUCUGGGAGUAUGACCCAACACUAGAGUCUACGUAUCGUCACCAAGCUACCAUUGAUGAUGAAGUGGUUUCCAUGGAGAUACUGGACACAGCUGGUCAGGAGGAUGCCAUUCAGAAAGAAGGACAUGUCCGGUGGGGCGAAGGCUUCGUCCUGGUCUACGACAUCACGGACAGAGGCAGCUUUGAGGAAGUGCUGCCACUUAAGAACUUGUUAGAUGAAGUUAAAAAACCCAAGAAUGUCACUCUGAUCUUGGUGGGGAACAAAGCAGAUCUGGAUCACUCCAGGCAGGUCAGCACAGAGGAAGGUGAAAAGCUGGCCACAGAACUAGCGUGUGCAUUUUAUGAGUGCUCUGCUUGCACAGGAGAGGGCAACAUUAUGGAGGCCUUCUAUGAGCUGUGUCGUGAGGUACGGCGUCGCAAGAUGGUGCAGGGCAAGACUCGGAGACGGAGCUCCACUACCCAUGUCAAGCAGGCUAUUAACAAGAUGCUUACCAAAAUCAGCAGCUAAAAGAGUUGUAUUAGGGUAGAGCAGCACUAUAGAGCAUAUUAGCUUGGGGCAGGGAGGAAGCAAGCAGAACAUAUUUUAAUAAAGGAUGGUCAAACCUUUGCAAUUAAAAAAAGAGAAAAGACAAACCACACCACUGUCCUUUUUGAGUGACGUGGGUCAGACUUUCUUCCUAUUUCAAAAUGCAUUUAGCCCCACUGCUUCUGGCUAACAUUAUAAACAAAACAAAACAAAAAAACUCCAAAGGACUAGAUGAUUGUGGGGAUUAGCAUUGACAGAACAUCUUCUGCUUCUACAAAGCUGGUUCCAAUUUCUUCCAAGUUAGUAGUGCCUAAACAUCAUUUCCAGCCAGCAAGUUCCACAGUAGCCACCGGGGAGUAAUACUCAGUCCUCAGUCCAGCAACAACCGUCACAACGGAUGUUGCUGAGGACUGAAUUCCCUUAGAAGCUGCUGUGUUGUACCAGAAGGUUCAUCUGACACCUUUCACCAGCUCUAAACUGGUGCAUGGUGUGCUUUUACUCCAAGCUGUCCUUGCUGGUGUUACUUUGUCAAAUCUAUGAGUCCCAAGGUAUGCAAGACAUGCAAAAAAAUAUAGAAAUGGCCUUUUUCAGACCCUAGGAUGUGUGUAGCCAGCAGGACAUUUAAGCAGGUCUGAAGUUCAGUUGUUUUUCCAUAUCCUC